AUGGCGGCAACCCAAUUGCUGAUCUAUGUGGCUCUCCUGCUAUUCUUCCAUCUGUCCACUUCAAGCCCGACCCGUGGCUCACGCGGGGCUCUAUCCAUCACCUCAUACGCCGCACUCGGAGACUCUUACGCCGCUGGGCCCGGCGCAGGCUCGCCACGCUAUGUGACUGAGCAGGCAUUCGUCUGUGGUCGCUUUUCGAACUCCUAUCCGAGACAGGUUGCCAACGACUCCCGGCUGAGCAUCAAGCACUCCAGCUUCAAGCACGUGGCAUGUGCAGGGGCCACGAUCACAAGCGUUCUACACCACCAAGUCCCCUACAUUGGACACUCAGAUCUGGUCUCCGUCACUGUGGGAGGGAACGAGGUGGACUUUCUGAGGGUGCUCAACGAAUGCAUAUAUCAGUGGCAUCCAGUUUCAACGUGCGAUGCAGCACUUGUGGAGUCAAGAAAACUGCUUGAGUCUCCUGUACUCCGGAACAACUUUGAUGCACUCAUUGCCGGAGCGGUGAGACGCCUGAAAGCAGAUGCUCUGUUGCUGGUCACAGGGUACGCGGGAUUCUUCAAUGACCAGACAGACAUCUGUGACCAUGUCACGUUCAGUCGAACGCGGCCAUUGGACUACCUGACCAAAGCGAAGAGGAAGGCAUUCAACCAACUGGUGGAUAUGUUAAAUGACGUGAUCAGAGCCAUAGCAGACACCCAUGGAGCUGUGUAUGUCGAUGUCGACUCCGUCUUUGAGGGCCAUCGGUUUUGUGAGGAAGGGGUCCACGAGCCUGAUCUUCAAAGAGAGGACACCUGGUUCUUCAAUCUUCCUGCACCUGAGAUGGAGGUGGCUGCAGACAACAGGGAGCAGGUCGUGCAGCUUCUAGAUAUCACAAAGGAAGACCAUAAGGGUGUUAUUGACGAUACCGGGUUCCCCAGCAUGACAACAUUAAGGGUAUUGCAUCCCACCAGUAUGGGCCACCAUGGGAUCUCAAAGCAGAUCGUGAGAGUUCUUGAAGCGCUGGGCCGGCUCCCUGAUUGA